AUGGAAGAUUUUAGGAGAAGCUUGGAGAGGCAAGAGCGAGAAAGAAAUGAGAGAAACUGUAGAGCAGAUGAAAUCAAUGAGUUGCAGAGACAAGUUGAUGAACAAGUUGUCAUAGCAGUGGCUUUGCAAGAUGAAGAGAACCAAGGUCGCCGCCAUGGUUCACAAGUUGGCCGCCGAAAGAAUGUGGACAGACAUAGGCAUUCUCGGGGUAAGAAUCUUUUGGAAGAUUAUUUUAUCCCAACUUCUUUAUACUCUAAUGUUGAUUUUCGAAGGCGAUUUAGAGUGCAACCCCAUGUGUUCAAUAAAAUCAUGCAUGAUAUUUGCAAUCAUGAUGCAUACUCUGUUCAAAAGUGUGAUGCUACUGGGGUUUUGGGACUUCUUCCGAAGCAAAAGCUUACUGCUGUUAUACGAAUGUUGGCGUAUGGAGCAUCUGCUGAUCAGGUGGAUGAGGUUGCCCGGAUGGGGAAGUCAACUACGUUGGAGGCUUUGGUAAGAUUUUGUGAUGCGGUUGAAACUCUGUACACUAGAGACUAUCAUCCUUGA